GUUGUAUUUCUCAUUCUCUGCACUAAACUUCGUUUCCCUUUCAUAUUCUAAUAGCAAACCGCCAGAUUCUGUUCUUAUCCGCUUUCAUUGUUGCUUGCCGCCAUCCUUCUCCAAUACUAUUUCAUUCGAUUUUCUUUAUUUCAUCUUUCUUUCUUCUUUACUCUUCCCUGAUCUUCCGGUGCGUUCUUAUUCUCCCUCGCAACAUUAACGAAAAAAGGGGAGGUCGGCCGCAGAUGCACCACUGGAGAAGCCAGCACCAUAGCCAGAGGCUACCGAAAACAAUGUUACUUGCCAAAUCCAGACGGAGGAUCGUCAAGGCGUGUGAUACGAUUGUGGUGGUGGUAGGGUAUAGGCUUGCACCGAAGAUUAAGUAUCAUGUAGUGUUUGAGGACGACGUUGAGGCAUUGAGUUAUUUAGCUAAGCAGGCGAAUUUGGCCGAGUGUACGAUCUCAGGUCGCGUUAACCUCAGGAGGAGACAGAUUGUUAAUGGUUUUGGUUCUUUCAUGAUCAAGCCUUGGAUUGUUGCUCAUGUCGAUCUUUCUAGGUAUGUCCUCCUAGGUGUAAGCUGUAGUUCGAACAUCGCAAAUUAUGUCACACAAAAAGCAGUAGAACCUGGGAACCUAUUAGACCCUUUAAGAGUGGUGGCACAAGUUCUUAUAUACCAUUUUGUAAUCGGAAACACUCCAACAAAAUCCGAAAUCAAGCUGGGUAACUCUUACCUCUAUGACAGAUCCAUGGCCAUGUUUGCUUGGAAGCUUUUCUUAUCAGAUGAUCAAUUCAAUAGUGAUCAUACGGCUGCCAACCCUCUGAUGAAAGCUACAAGAAUACCAUUACAACAAAUGCCUCCUACACUCACAAAACAAGAAAGAGAACCUUUAGUUGCGAAUCUUCUUCAACACAGCCCACUAAAAAUACCCAGAAGCGGAGCAGUGUUUGUGUUGUUAGAAUUCCUUUCUUUAAAUAAGAGGUUGUUUGUAGCCUUGCUUAGAAGUAAGAUCUGCAGUCACCAUCAUCUUCUGAUAAGGGUUUUCUCUACGGAAAGAUACUAUUAAUAAGGAAACUUUCAACAGUUUAGCCGAAUUAUUGAAAUGAGGAAGAUUGGAGGAUAUGAGGAAUCGUAAGUCCAGUUAAGAACCAGGAUCAUUGGAUCUUGAGGAUAUUACAUUUGGAGGAGAUACCGAUGCAAAUAACCAACCGCAGGUUAAAUCUUAUGGUGGAAAGAAAAAUCAGACGAAGAAGCAUUGGUAAAUCCAAAACAACACAUCUUCAAGCCGAGUACUAAUUUUAUUGUGUAUGUUAUUCUUUUUAGAGAUCACAAUUCCAGGGAUACAUGUGAUUGAUAUUUAUUUUUUACUAUGUGUAAAACUUAUGUUAUUAUAUGGGUUAAUUAAAAAUUUUAAUAUAAAUCUAAAUAUUUAACAAA